AUACAUCUACGGCGUGUCUCCUUCCUACGGUUUCGCUUUUAAUCUCUUCACUCAUCGUUAAACAUGGCAUCCACCACACGGCUUGCCACCGGCGACUCAUCUGUGCCUCCGAGCCCGAGCAACCUCAUGGCUGCCUUUAGCCCACAUCAUUCGUACGACAGCGACGACGAGACGGAAGGCGAGGAAGAUCAGCCUUUGAACUCGAAAGAGCGGAGCUUCAAGGACUCGGUGCAUGGCUGGAUCACUCUCAGCGAACGGAUCUGUCGAAUUAUUGACACCCCGCAGUUUCAACGACUGCGACACGUGAAGCAACUCGGAACGUCGUACUACGUCUGGCCAGCUGCGUCGCAUAAUCGCUUCGAACAUUGUCUUGGCGUCGCACACCUCGCUUUGACACAAGUCAAGAGGCUUCAGCAACUACAGCCAGAACUGGGUAUCACCGAACAAGAUAUCGACUGCGUAACGAUAGCAGGUCUUUGCCAUGAUUUGGGUCAUGGUCCUUGGAGUCAUGUUUGGGACUCGCUGUUCAUUCCGAAAGCAAUGCCGAACAAGAAGUGGAAACAUGAAGAUGCUUCAGAGAUGAUGUUCGACUACCUCUGCCAGGAGCCCACCGUCGACGUGACUCCGGAGGAGGCUGCUGUCGUCAAGGCGUUGAUUGCGGGCGAGCCGUCGCGCUGUCCAGAGCUCGAAGCGAAGAAAUUCCUGUUCGAAAUUGUUGCGAACAAGCGCAACGGCCUUGAUGUUGACAAGUUCGACUACAUUGCGCGAGACUGCCAUGCCAUCGGUCAGGGUGAAAAUGUCUCCUUGACCAAACUCAUUCAUUCCGUACGCGUUAUCGGCGGCGAGAUUUGCUACAACAUCAAAGAUGCGAAUUCUGUAUAUGAGCUUUGUUGGUCAAGAUUUAGUUUGCACAAGCGCAUAUAUAACCACAAGACCGCCAAGGCUAUCGAGUAUAUGAUCAUCGACGCUCUGCUUGAAGCCGAACCCUACAUGCACAUCGCUGAGCAGAUCGAAGACCCGAAGCGGUACGUGCACCUUACAGAUGACAUCAAACUGCGCAUACAGGCGACCACCUGCCCAGAACUGGAGAAGGCGCGUAAGAUCUUCUAUCGCAUUGACACGCGAGACCUCUAUAAGUGGAUCGAGUACAAGGUGUAUCCGUGGAGCGUACGCGACGUUUGCCGCGAACGUAUCACGCCACAAACUAUUGUUGCCGCAGCGAAGCGCAUAACUCGGGAGAGCGACGAGAACUACGAUCUUGCAUGCGAGCUCGGCGAGGAGCAAAUCAUCGUCGACCUUGCGACGCUGCACUACGGCAUGAAGGAGCUCAACCCGCUGAGGUAUGUAAAGUUCUACAGCAAGAGGAAGCCUAAUCGUGCAAAAUAUGCGGAGAGUGGCGACAUCUCAAACAUCAUGCCACAAGCUUUCGCGGAAGUCCUGCUACGGGUGUACACACGCGACAGCCGGUUUAUGGGUCUCGUCCAACGCGGCUUCCGCCAGGUACUAGCGGACAUCUAUGAUGACGUGAAAGAGGCCAGGAUCAGCUUAAGCGAUGACGAGGACCCGAGCACGCCGCGCGUGGGCGCCGCCGCGGACGCGCCGUCCAACCAGCACGGCACUCCGGGAGCCGCAGGCACGCAGGCGGACGGCGCGGCCUCAAAGCGCACGCUCUCGCGCGUGUCGAGCCUGCGGCUUGCGCCCGAAUCGGAUGGGGAAGACGCAGUUACGACGCCGUGGACGCCAAACAGCUUUACGGACGUCCCAACCGCGCAUGCCAGAGGGCGCGGUGCAUCGCCGACCCGGGCACGCAAGCGCGGCGCUGACAACAGAAGUCCAAGUCCAUCUAAAAAGCGCGGACGGGUGGCGAAGGAGUGAGCUUGAUUUAGGAACUUUGGGGGCUCAGCUGCGAGAAGAACAUUGCUAUCUGACUAAGUGGCUUGUUGACUAUCGGUACUUUUUCGUCUUUCGGCUAAUUGAUGCUUUACUGCUCGAACAAUCGCUAUCCCCAUACUACUGUCUCCCUUUAUAGAUGAGAAAUACUAAAGACUUCG